AUGCGCGCUAGCUAUUUCCGCAACGAGGAACAUCCACCGUUUGUUCUCCGCAAUGUUUUCGUGACGCAGAGAGCUCCUUCCAUUCAUUCGUGCUACCUUUAUUUGGCUUAUCUCGAGACCACCCUCUCAAUCUAUUUGAUUGUCUUUUAUCCCGUGUUCUUCCAAGAUAUGAUUCCACCUUCCAUCGAGAUGUCUUUAGCCAAUCCGCCAUAUCUCAUGAGCGAUCCCCUCGCUUCAUGUCUCUCAUCUUCAGCAUACUGA